AUGGCGAUGCCCCCCGCAGCGACCACCCAGGGAUGGUGCUCGCCGAUAAAACGUGAACCCAAGUCCCGGAGAUUGGCGCUCAUGCUAGGCUCGCUGCUCACAGCUCUCCUCCUGCUGCUGAUUCACUGCCUGGCCAACACGCCGCGUGCCACUUCCCGCCGGGCAGCGGCGGAGGAACAGGAGUUCAACUCCCGGAGGAGGCUCGAGUGGACCGGUGAGGAGGAAGCGGCGGGGUACCCGGCUUUUAGGCACUACUCAGGGGCGCUCACCGACAAGCUGUCGGUGCUGAAAGCACCGCAUGAAAGGGAGGAGACUGCUGGCAUCCUACCGGUGGGCAGGAAGGUGCCACCGAGGCUCGCAGGUAGACUCAGCCCCCUCGGGGAGGGCACCAAGAAGCUUCCCCAGGCGCUCAUAGUCGGCGUGAAGAAGGGUGGCACUCGGGCUUUACUAGAGUUUCUAAGGAUCCAUCCAGAUAUCAGAGCCGCUGGGGCAGAGCCGCACUUCUUCGACCGAAACUAUGACAAAGGCCUGUUAUGGUACAGGGAUUUGAUGCCCAAUACCUUGGAGGGCCAGAUUACCAUGGAGAAGACCCACAGCUACUUUGUGACCAAAGAGGCGCCUGCCCGCAUCUCAGCCAUGUCACGGGACACCAAGUUGAUCGUAGUAGUGCGUGACCCUGUCACCCGGGCCAUCUCGGACUAUACCCAGACACUGUCAAAGAAGCCGGAUAUUCCAUCCUUCGAGAGCCUAACUUUUAAAAACAGGACGACGGGCCUCAUCGAAACGUCGUGGAGCGCCAUCCAGAUUGGCAUCUAUGCCAAACACCUGGACAACUGGCUGCAACACUUUCCUAUGAAGCAGAUCCUGAUCGUGAGCGGCGAGCGACUCAUCAGUGACCCGGCCGGCGAGCUGAGCCGUGUGCAAAAUUUCCUGGGCCUCAAGAGCAUCAUCACUGACAAACACUUCUACUUUAACCAGACCAAGGGGUUCCCGUGCCUCAAAAAAGCCGAGGGCAGCAGUAAGCCCCACUGUCUUGGCAAAACCAAAGGGCGCACCCACCCCGAGAUCCGCCCCGAAGUGGUGCGCCGCCUCAGAGCUUUCUACCGACCUCUAAACAUGAAGUUCUACCAGAUGACGGCACACAACUUUGGCUGGGAUGACUGA